AUGUCGGGAACUACUCUGCAUCUGCGCUCCGAGUUGGGCAAGGCCCUUGAACACCGCUCUGCCCUCACACCAACCACCGCCAAAGCUCUUAUAGACGCUGGAUAUAAAGUCAAUGUUGAGCGCAGUUCCGAGCGAAUCUUUGAUGACAGCGAAUUCGAGAAGGUCGGGGCCACGUUGGUCGAAGAAAACACAUGGCGCCAGGCCCCUACUGAUCACAUUAUCAUUGGCCUGAAGGAGCUUCCUGUUGACGACUUUCCUCUGGAGCACACCCAUGUUCAAUUUGCACACUGCUACAAGGGCCAGGCCGGAUGGGAAAAUGUCCUUUCUCGAUUCCCUCGCGGCGGGGGAACUCUCCUCGACCUUGAGUUCCUCACUGAUGACAGAGGCCGACGAGUUGCUGCCUUUGGAUACCAUGCUGGCUUCGCUGGCGCAGCUUUGGCUCUUGAGAACUGGGCCUGGCAACUCACACAUCCCGCAUCCGAGCCAUUCCCCAGCGUUUCGAGUUACCCCAAUGAAGAAGCGCUGCUAGUCGACGUCAGGAAGGCAGUUGAAGAUGGAAAAGCAAAGGCUGGCAAGGCACCAAGAGUUCUUGUGAUUGGCGCAUUGGGCCGAUGUGGAAGUGGAGCCGUUGACCUCUGCUUAAAGGCUGGAGUACCAACCGAGAAUGUGUUGAAGUGGGAUAUGGCAGAGACUGCCAAAGGUGGACCUUUCCCCGAGAUUGUGGAGAGCGACAUCUUCAUCAACUGCAUAUACUUGACGUCCAAGAUCCCUAACUUCGUCGAUAUGAAGAGCUUGGAUACCCCUAAUCGCAAGCUCUCUGUCAUCUGUGACGUUAGCGCAGAUACCACCAACCCAAACAACCCUAUCCCAGUUUAUACUGUCGCCACUACAUUCAAGGAGCCGACUGUUCCUGUGGAGGUUAAGGGAGAGCCACGUCUCAGCGUGAUCAGCAUUGAUCACCUGCCAAGCUUGCUUCCUAGAGAGUCAAGCGAGGCUUUCAGCAAGGACUUACUUCCAAGCCUGCUGCAUCUGAACGAGUGGAGAACAACUCCGGUUUGGGCCAAGGCAGAGAAGCUGUUCCAGGAGAAGGUAGCUACACUACCAAAGAGUGUUUUAUAG